AUGGAACAAGAGAGACAUGAGCCUUCAGACAACCUGGACGACCUAGAGGACUACAACCGACGCAUCACGAGCUACUCCGCUCAAGAUGGAAACCAGCUACGGCCGGCGCCCGACCGGACCACCAGCUACGGUCCGGCGCCCGACCGGACCACCACCGGACCACCAGCUACGGCCGGCGCCCGACCGGACCAUCAGCUACGGCCGGCGCCCAGCCACGGCCCGGCGCCCGACCGGACCACCAGCUACGGCCGGCGCCCGACCGGACCACCACCGGACCACCAGCUACGGCCGGCGCCCGACCGGACCACCAGCUACGGCCCGGCGCCCGACCGGACCACCACCGGACCACCAGCUACGGCCGGCGCCCGACCGGACCAUCAGCUACGGCCGGCGCCCAGCUACGGCCGGCGCCCGACCGGACCACCAGCUACGGCCGGCGCCCGACCGGACCACCAGCUACGGCCGGCGCCCGACCGGACCACCAGCUACGGCCGGCGCCCGACCGGACCACCAGCUACGCCCGGCGCCCGACCGGACCACCAGCUACGCCCGGCGCCCGACCGGACCACCAGCUACGGCCGGCGCCCGACCGGACCACCAGCUACGCCCGGCGCCCGACCGGACCACCAGCUACGGCCGGCGCCCGACCGGACCACCAGCUACGCCCGGCGCCCGACCGGACCACCAGCUACGGCCGUCGCCCGACCGGACCACCAGCUACGGCCGGCGCUACGGCCGGACCACCAGCUACGGCCGGCGCCCGACCGGACCACCAGCUACGGUCGGCGCCCGACCGGACUACCAGCUACGGCCGGCGCCCGACCGGACCACCAGCUACGGCCCGGCCCGACCGGACCACCAGCUACGGCCGGCCCCCGACCGGACCAUCAGCUACGGCCGGCGCCCGACCGGACCACCACCGGACCACCAGCUAUGGCCGGCGCCCAGCUACGGCCCGGCGCCCGACCGGACCACCACCGGACCACCAGCUACGGCCGGCGCCCGACCGACCACCAGCUACGGCCGGCCCCCGACCGACCACCAGCUACGGCCCGGCGCCCGACCGGACCACCAGCUACGGCCGGCGCCCGACCGGACCACCAGCUACGGCCGGCGCCCGACUGGACCACCAGCUACGCCCGGCGCCCAGCCACGGCCCGGCGCCCGACCGGACCACCAGCUACGGCCGGCGCCCGACCGGACAACCAGCUACGGCCGGCGCCCAGCCACGGCCCGGCGCCCGACCGGACCACCAGCUACGGCCGGCGCCCGACCGGACCACCAGCUACGGCCGGCGCCCGACCGGACCACCAGCUACGGCCGGCGCCCGACCGGACCACCAGCUACGGCCGGCGCCCGACCGGACCACCAGCUACGGCCCGGCCCGACCGGACCACCAGCUACGGCCGGCGCCCGACCGGACCACCAGCUACGCCCGGCGCCCGACCGACCACCAGCUACGGCCGGACCACCAGCUACGGCCCGGCGCCCGACCGGACCACCAGCUACGGCCGGCGCCCGACCGGACCACCAGCUACGGCCGGCGCCCGACCGGACCACCAGCUACGGCCGGCGCCCGACCGGACCACCACCGGACCACCAGCUACGGCCGGCGCCCGACCCGACCACCAGCUACGGCCCGGCGCCCGACCGGACCACCAGCUACGGCGCUCCACCAGGACCAGCGAUCCUCCGUAG